AUGCCCCAGUUAAGGUCGGGGAAGGUGGUGACCGGUGGCAAGGUGAAGAUGGCCCAGAGGGUGGCCGCCGGCCUGAGCUCUCUGGGUGCAGAGGUAGGGUGUGAGCCUGGGGAGUUGGCAGGCAAGAAGAGCUCUCGCCCGGCACCAGAGAGAAAAGCUGAGCAAUCUUUACCGUCCUCUGUGCACCCUGCUGCGCUGUCCGGAGUUUCUCCUGAGCAGCAUGCUCUUCUGUUGCCCAUGCAGAAGGAGCAAGUCGAGAGCUGUCAGAGACUCCCCGGUAAGAAAAACAAGGGGAUCCAGUGCAGGGUGGCAUCACAAAGCAAGAAGGGUGUCGCCGUGCAGAUACCAGACGCUGCCGUGUGUGAAGAUUGGCGAGCAGCAACCAGGGUGGCAGGAACGUGCUGGGAAAAGACUGGAAGCAGAAGGACGGUACAGGGUCAACAGCCAUUUUUCUCGCGAAUUACCUUGCAGAAGAAAUUCUCAGGAGAGACCGGUAGGCCGGAAGGGCUGAACCUCUCAGGUUUCCCAGAGAGUUCAAGGAGCUCAGGAAAAAAGCGCAAACGUUCCUAUAUGGAACUAAAAUUGCAAAUCCCGACCUCGGAGGAGGAACUUGACAGCACAGAGAGUACUAUUCCCUGUUUGCCAGAAGCAGAGGUGCUGCAGCCUAGAAACAGCGCAUGUAGUACUGAAAUUAAAGGCAUUGGUUCCUUAAUGAUACUGCAACUGCAAAUCCCAGAUCUUAAAAGGAAUUUGGGGAAUGAGGAAUCGUCCUUGUCUGAAUCACAACCUUGGGAAGUGGUAGAUAACCCAGGGAAGAUGAAUCGAUGUUCUUUAAAAGGUUCAGAAAAGCCCAAGAAAAAAGAAAAGAAAUGCUUGAGAAAGAAAGGCAGGCCAUCUUUGCUGAAAUCAAAACUACAGGGGCCAAGAAAGAGAGGUGGAUCUGCCUUGGUAGAACUCCAUAGAAAGUGUCUAGAGUCCAAGAAGAGAGCUGUGAGUCUGAAGAAGAAGGACUCACUGGCGUUACUGCAUGUACAGGGUGUAAGUGGCCAAGAACAGCCAACAGCCAGAGGAAAGCUGCACAAGCGUUGCGUGAUAGAACAGCAGCAGAGCUCAGACCCUCAGAAAGGAACAGAUAGCCUGGGGGAAAGUGGGUAUGUUUCAUGCCAUCAGAGUCAAAGCAAUAAGUUUUUAAGUGAAAAAGAAUCGAAUAUUGGUAGAAAGCGUGCAAAAAAGAUGAAAAUCAGUGAGAUGUCAGCAGGGCAGAAUGUUUUCACAAAUGGGGCUAAUGAAUGCACUAAGUGUGAAUUAAAGACAGAAGAUGCCACAUCAAGCUCCUCUGCUGUCUUUGGACUAAAGCAUAAAGAAAUGACUCUGUCAGAUUCAUGGGAUUGUACAGAUGAUCUUCAUACAGGAAACAAUACUCGUGAAGCACAAGAGGCAUCAGCACAGAGGAAGAAUAGUACCAAAUCACUUGCAUUUGAAGGUGGCUUUAAGAAGACAUCUAAGCUCUCAGUAGUAGCAAAAGGAGAAGCUUCAAGCUGUGAGGCACCACAAUGGCACUCUGCUGCCUCGGGCAGUCUGAGAGCACUAACUCAGGCCCGUGGUGUUUCUAAUUGUCACGAAAGCAUGACAGGUGGAAAACUGAAUAAAGUUAAUAAGAAACUGCGUCAGUUUACCUGUCAAAGAACAAUACCUAUGACUGGUAAAAAUGUUUGGCCUCGUGAAUCUUGUGCCAGGACUUCUGAAUGGGUUCCUAAAAAUCACUGGUCCAUCUCAGAAGGAAAAAGACUUCUAAGUCCAGUCUUCGAGGAAUCCUCUGAUAAAAGCAGUGUCAAGGCUGUAGGAAACAGUGCUGUGACAGAAAAUUCAAGGCAGUUGGAUUUAUGUACAUCUCUGGCAAAAGUUAAGGAGCGUGCACAUAAUGCAGUGGAUCUAAAUGCUAAAUGCCUGACUUCAGUUGAAACAUCAGGAUCCUCUUCUAUGGAUAUUGAUGAGACUUGUGGAAUGAGCAAUGAAAAUGUGGAAUCACCAGUUACUAUGGUUACUAGUGCUGUGGCUUUUAACCCUGAUGAUAUGCAAGAAGUUAAAGCAACCUCAAAUUUUACAGCAAAACCAAAAAAUAAAAACAAAGGAGCUGUAACAAAGAGAAGCCCAUCUGUGACAGUCCAGAAUAAUACAUCUACAAGUAACAAAAGCAGAAUAAACUUAAGCUGUAAGGCAUCAGUUGUGAACCAGACGCUUUCUGAUGUAAAACUAAUGAAAGCAUUAAACACCAGAAACCUGACGAAUUUCAGAAUUCCUUUACGGAGAAACAAACCCGAAUGCAGGAAAUUGGAAUGUAUCAGUUCAUCAGAAAGAAAAACCUGUAGCCCACUAGAGCUCCUUGACAGCGCUAGUGUUUCGCAAAGGCAGAAAAGAGGUGAGGAGACUUGGGUAAAUUCUGAGCAGCAGCCCCUUCCUGUAGUUAGUGAUGCUACAUCUACAGCUUCCAUGAAGAAAAAUACUGGUAAGAUCAACAGUAAGGACUUGCAUCAUGAUGGCUCUGAAACCCUUUCAAAUGAGAUGCCCACGCUCCCUGAACAUGCCUCCUUAUAUCCGUGUCCUGCUCCUGAGAGGCAGCUGGAGUCAUCUCCAUGUGGCUUCAGUGCUGCUCAAUGUGUAUGGAAAUCAAAUUUUCCUGAGCAUUCAGGGAAUGCAGUUGACCAUCCCGUUGCAUUAGAAAUACAUAGUGGUGGCAAAUCAAGAGUGAAUCGUUCACAGCCCGAAAGUGAUUUUUUUCCAGAUAUUCUUGAAGCUUACAAAGAAGAUGUUCUUGUCAUUGAUGUGAUUCAGGAUGACCCUGAUCUUUUUGGAACCAAUGACGAAGAGGAGCUUACACUCACAGCCUGUGAUAAUUGGCCCACGAAGGCAUCCUGUAGUAGCAUCUUCAUUAAAGAAGAGAAGCAGAAUCUUAAGCCUGAGUAUGCUGUUAUUUCAGAAAAUAGAGGUUCAGUAAAUGCUAAUUUUAGAGACAUUACAGUACAGGAAUCUGGAAUGUUGAAUCAUGCUGAAAAUUCACAGGAUUUGGCAAUAAAAGCUACAGAUAUUAAAACCCAUAAUUCAUCCAGUAGAAACAGUCCUUUGCGAGGUGUUACUGAGGACUCUUUUGAAGAUGGGCAACUGGGAAAGCAAGAUGGAUUUCUAAAGAGUUUUGAAAUUAAUGAAAAGGCUUCUCAUUCAGUCCAGCAGAUCCUGGGGAUGAUUGAUUUGCCCCGUAAAUAUUGCAGAUACUAUUUCAUGACUUUGCGUGGCUGUGAAAGGGCAAAAUGUUGGUUUCGGCAUGUUCCCGAACAAAGACAUGAAAAGAUUUGCAUGGCAAUACUUAAGACAUACAUUAGUAUCAAAGAAAAAGGCCUUCUAAAACGUGCAGUCCAAAUAUUUGUCAGGUAUUACAGAGAAGUUACUCCUGGUGAGGAUUUUGCUUUUCAAGUGCUGAAUGAUCUUCUCGUUUGUUUGCUCAAGAACUGUUUGUUGCAAGAAGUAUUUCAGAUACUGCGUGUAGCUGUACAGGUUAAUACACUGCCGGCUGUGGAUGUUCUUCUGAAAGUUUUCGAGCAUGUGGCUUCUUUGAAUAUAAGAAAUGCUGUGCCUAAAUUAAUCAGUACCUUUCGUAAGCUCAUUGAUGCUGGCAUGUUUCUUGAGUUUGAACAUUUUAAUUACAUUACUAAACUCCUUCAACAAUUGCAAGUUUCCAGCCAGGAAAUAAAUGUUGUUUUGAACAUAAAAUCCAGAUUUCAGGAAAGACAUUUUAAAAGCAACUGGCUCUUUGACUGCAAUUUGGUAAUGAUUGAAAUUCAGCAUUGCAAGGAAAAAAAUGAUUGGAGUAAGAUGGGAACUUUGUAUGUUAAUGCAAGAACCGGAUGUGAACAUUUUGAUGACCUUCAGAAAUUGUCUUUAUGUAUUGCUGAAAUACUAACGAGAGAUUCUGAGAAAGACAGACCAGGAGUUCCUUUUUGCGAUUUUGCUGAUGCAGUAAUAACAAGUUUGACAUGUAAUGAAGCAGACAGGAUUUUCAUUGGAAGGACUGGCAUAAGCAUGAUGAAUUCUUAUCGCAAAGUACUACAGUGGAGAAAGGGAAGGACGGUUUUGGAUAAAUUGCAUGAGCUACAGAUAAAUUUUACAGUCUUGAAAGGACUUAUUGGUGCAGAGAACUUAGCAUCAAGAUGUCAAAUUGUUAAUAAUGCUGCAGAAAUUUUUCUUAAAACUGGAAGUUUGGAUGGAGCGACAUGGGUAUUGAGAGAGUCAGAAUGGACCACGAAUACACCAUUGUGGCCCUGUGAUGAAGAGGACAUCCUCAAUCGACAUAAUCUGUUAUGUUCACUAGUGCACAAGUACAUGAGGCAGAGUUUAUACAGGCAGGCAUUGGAAGUUCUUCAGAAUUUACCAGGUGUCCAAAAUAGUUCUGAUACUGUUGAUGUUUCUCAGUACAGCUGCGUUUUUAACCUACUGAUAAAAGCCUGUUUUGAGAGCAAGAACCUUGGGGUCUCAUCUUCUGCAGUAGACUUCAUGCUUUCAAAAAAUAUAGCUGUUGAUUUUUUUCUACUUAGAGGAUUAAUCACAGGUUUGGGAAGAAGUUGUUUGUGGAGUAAAGCUAGAACCUACUACAAAACUGCUUUAUCAUUGGGUUGCUACCUGCCGCUAGAGGGAAAUUUACAUCACAAAAUUUUGCCAAUUCCUUUUUACGUGUCUGAGGUUGAGAUGCUGUUGGCCAUUGAAUUAUUCCUCGUUUCAAAUGCCAGCGAUAUUCAAAGUCCAGGGGCUACUACUCAGUCUCUUCAAAUAAUACUGAAAAGAUGUGAAGACCAGACAGUUCAGAGUAACAGUGACUAUCAAGCAGGAAUGGAGAGACUUAGCCUGGCUGCUCAUGUAUCUGAUCCAAAGCUUUUUCUUAAGCGUAUGACAGUGAAUGUUAAUAUGGAAGAAGUUUACAGCUUGGAGCAUACAUCUGCUCUAAAAUGGCUUCAGGAGAAUAUGAAAUGGGCUGGAAAGGUCUGGCUGUUUCAGUAG